UACCAGUCACCACCAACAAACAAUGGUCGUUCGUCCAACAACAAACUAUGGAUGAAAAUGUCAUCAGGAAACGGCUGGCGAAAAACCAAGCCAUCCCACCAAUGAGGGGAAAACACGAAGUAAAGGCACAAGAAAGUUUAUCUGAUCUUCCAUUAUGUACAUGGCUUAUAUUAGCUACAACCCUUCCAAUUUCAUUGUUUAUGCUUAUCCAUGUAUCGGUGCCUAUGUUAUCUCAACUGUUCAAUAUUCCUGGAGAUGUGGAUUCCAUAGAGGAUUUGAGCCACAUGCUGAGAGAUGUAGAACACCUCCACAAUGACUGUCCACCAAUUCUGGAACCAGCUGAAAGAGCUGAACUUGAGCAGUCAAAUACCCAGCAAAUUGCCCGACUUACCACACCAACGACUGAGGAGUUUUGGGAAGAGUAUCACCGUGGCAGGCCCUUUAUUGUCAGUGGUGUGAUCAGAGAUUGGCAGGCAUUUGACUUGUUUGACUGCACAUACCUUGUGAAAACGUUCCCAGAAGCCCAGCUGCUAGAUUGGAAGACUGGCAGGCACAAGAUGCUGGCAGUAAUUGGGGGUGAUACAUAUAAGCCAAUAGACUGCAUGGCAGGCACUAUUGCACCAAACUACCGGAACAAUAAGAAACUCAUAAUGGACUGGCUAGAUUAUAUGGAAAUUCCAAAGUUUUUCAAUGUGAAACGAUGGCGAGUUAGUGAUGUAAAGAUAAAAGUGAAUGCUCAAGGGACAGGUGAUUCGAUGCACGUAGAUGACCAGUGCGGGGGCUUUGUUACUGCGCAGCUAGCAGGGGUGAUGGCAUGGUCUGUGGCAUGGCCAGAGAAGAAAGGGAACACUCUUGAAUGGAGCCGACCCAUAACGUUGAUUCUACAUCAAGGGGACAUUUUGGUGCGUUCAGGAACAACACGUAUACACAAUGAGGUGGCGUCACGUGAAUGCUCUCUAAGCCUCGGCUAUAAGUUCACCAGUGAUCUUCCACGAGAACUUGUCACGGAGUACAAGCAAGUUCACCCGAGAGAGAGAACGACCUUCUUUGCACGCAAUAAAGUGGAAAAUUGGAAUUUCAUCAAUGCCUGCAAGAUAGAUGAAAAAAUGAAAACACACAAGAUGUAGCCAGUAUAAUCAUUUGAGUGUUUUUUUUUAAGAAAUUGAUAGAACUCUAGUUUACCUCUUCAGAAAGUAAUCACAUAACCUUAUAUGGAUAUGGAUAGCAUUUUAUGGGAUUGCUAAUGUAGAAGAAUAUGUAAUUGAAGCUUAGCUAAUAGGCUUAUUCCUGUGCUUCCUGUUCUCAGCAAAUUAGUUCUCAAAAUAAUUCAUGCUAAAUUUUAUUCCUAUGUCUAAAAUAGAGGAAGAUAUGCUAAAUGAGUACUCAAACGGUUGUACGCUUAGCAGCCAAGUACACAAUCACAUGCUGACGGCAUGAAUUUAUUCUCGCUACAAGAAAAUGCCAACUUGAUAGACCACCUAUAUUAUAGUAUGUGAGUGGUCAUUUAUAUGGGAACAAACAUAUGGUGUGUCAUUCAAUGAAUCACACAGUGUCAAACUCACACUAGCUUUAUUUAUCGCUACUACCACCAGCAUCGAACCCAUCUAAGGACUCCGCAUUCGAGCAGUAGUUUAUUUAAGCUAGAGAAAAUAAUUCACUGUGAUUGACUGAUUGUACACCUUCCUUAAUCAUUCCCAUGCACUGCAGAUGUCCAUAAAUACUGCCUAUGCAAUUGUAGAUUGUAUUAAUUUCAAGCAUAUCUAUAAUGGGUGGUAUGCUAGAAUGUAAAUCAUCCAAAUACUAUGGAUAUAUGAAUAUGAUAUAUAUAUAUAUAUAUAUAUAUAUAUAUAUAUAUAUAUAAUUGUAAGAGUUCGUGUCUUAUUAUUGGGACUAAUUGUAUUAGUCCAAAUAUGCAUAGUGGAUGCCCAUCGUGUGAAUUUUAAAUGAUAAACAUGCCGAGAAAUCAAAAUAAAAUAUUCAUAUUAUGAAGCAGCGGUCCAGCAUUGUUAUAUAAUUGCUGUGAAUCAUAGUAGGGGUUCUUACCAAGGAUUUCAGAAGGCAUGUCGGGAUAUUAGGCAAUUCAUCCUUGAUUGCUAGUUGGAGUCAAUUACGUGUGUCAUAAGCGGCUCCUAUACACAGGCAAACUCGAUCAGUUUGAAGAUGUAUAAAUCACGUGAAAAUACAGUAUGAAUGGCUUGGGAUUGUAAAAAGUAAACACGGCUGGAAAUGAAGGCAUGUGAAAUAGGUAAUUGAGGCAUGUGGGAUUAUUUAUAGGAUGCCACAAGUUAGCUUCAGCUUUGAAGGCAUGUCAGACCCAACGUAUUGAAUACCUGGGGAAAACCCUGGUAUUAGUUAUGUAAACGGUAUAUUUCUGUGAACUUGUCUACAACAAUAAUACAUUGUGGUACUUAGCUUUUCUAUUUUUCAGCCACUUUAUAUGUUUAUAUCCUGUUUAAAUAAUUAAGUGUGCUGUAAUUUAUUCAGUAUUAAAUUCUAGUCAAUAACUGUGGAAAGUAAUAAGGAAACUGUUUAAUGGUAACUGUUAUAUCAGUGUGUGCUUAUAUGUGUUUAUGUAUUAAUAUAAGUAGGAGCAAAGAAAAACGAAACAAAUAUUUUUAAUUCAUUCUUGACACAAGUAAUAUCAGUUGAAAUUAGGUGUUGUGUUAUGUAAGUUUUUGGAAGUUGUGUAAUAAUGUGGCAAUGUGCAUUUGAUUCAGACUUGCGUGUAAUUCACCACAUCUCCUUACAUGAUGUUCGGUUGUCACGUGAAGUACUGUUUUAUGCCUGUAAAUAAUUUACCUAUUCCUGAGGCAGUAAAUUAAGGCGAAAUGUAUUUGUUGUAUAUCCUACAACUUGUGUUACCAUGGAAUACGACCCUGUGCGUUUAUAAACAAAGGUCAAGUGA